CGAAUUUUUUAUGCUGUCGGAUUGUGAUAAAUCUGAUUCCAUGCGCACAUGAUUUUUUUUAAGUUAUAAAAAAAAAAAAUAAGAAUGCUUGACAUGAAUAUAAAAUCGAAUAUUAUUAAUGAUGAGUAUUACAUAAAAUAUAUUAAGUUUUUAUAGUUUAUAUCAGCAACGGGAUGAGAUUAUUUAAAUUAAGUGAUGAAAGAGUUAGCAAGUAAACCUCCAAUAAAUACACAAUUUAAAUUUUCAUUAUUUAAAUAACAAUUUGUAAAAUAUUUAUAAAUGACAGUUCAAAAUUAUAAACAAAUGAUUAAAAAUGAAUCGAUGAAUAGAUAUGGUCCACUUGUGGGUGCUAUUGAUGCAGGAACCAGCAAUGUGAGAUUUAUGGUAUUUGCAGCAGAUACUGCUGAGGUGCUGACAUAUCACCAGACAACGGUGCCAUUGAUAUACCCCCAUGAAGGAUGGGUCGAACAGGAUCCCGUAGAAAUAAUAACUGCUGUCAGAGAAUGUCUGAACCAGACGGUAAUAAAUCUCGAGCAACUCAGGAUAGAUCCAGCAGAUAUUGUUGCUAUUGGAGUAACGAACCAACGCGAAACUACUGUGGUAUGGGAUCAUGUCACUGGUGAACCAUUGAACAAUGCCAUUGUGUGGAUGGACACAAGAACUGCAGUAAUUGUUGAUGAUGUAUUGAAGGGAGUACGCAACAAAAACAAAAACUACCUCAAGCCACUUUGUGGUCUACCAAUAAGUCCUUACUUUAGUGCAUUAAAAUUAAAAUGGUUGUUAACAAAUGUACCUAGAGUGCAAGAAGCUGUUGACAGUAAACGUUGUAUGUUUGGUACAAUCGACUCAUGGAUUAUUUGGAACUUAACUGGUGGUAUAAAUGGUGGCGCACAUAGUACCGAUGUUACAAAUGCAUCGCGCACGAUGUUGAUGAACAUAACGACAUUGAAAUGGGAUCCAAUUUUGCUUGGAUUUUUUAAUAUACCCAAAGAAAUACUGCCGCAAAUUCGUAGUUCAUCUGAGAUUUAUGGAUUCAUACAGGAAGAUAUGCUCAAAGGUGUACCAAUAUCCGGUUGUCUAGGUGAUCAGCAGUCCGCAUUAUUGGGACAAAUGUGUUUACAACGUGGCAAAGCUAAGAGUACAUAUGGUACAGGCUGUUUUCUUCUAUAUAAUACUGGAACUUCUAUAGUACAAUCUCAACACGGCUUGUUAACAACCGUAGCUUAUCAAUUAGGACCAAAGUCACAGCCAAUUUAUGCUCUCGAAGGCUCUAUAGCCAUUGCUGGAAUAAUAUUAGAUUGGUUAAGAAAUAAUCUUAACAUAUUUAUUGAUAGUAAUAAUGAUACUGAAUGUAUUACACAUAAAAAUUCAACGGCGGAUGUUACAUUCGUACCAGCAUUUACGGGUCUCUAUGCUCCAUACUGGCACAAAGAUGCUAAAAGUAUUAUUUGUGGGAUCACAUACAAUACAACGAGUACGCAUAUAAUAAAGGCAGCAUUACAGGCAAUUUGUUUCCAAAUACGGGAUAUUUUAGAGUCUAUUAAACAAGACACGGGUUUUACGUUAGGUAAAUUACUUGUUGACGGUUCUAUGACUAGCAAUAAUUUAUUAAUGCAAAUGCAAGCUGAUAUUUCUGGUAUUCCAGAAGUCAGGCCUUUGAUGAGUGAAACAUCGGCACUUGGUGUUGCCAUCGCUGCUGGUUGUGCUGAUGGUAUAAAAGUUUGGGAUCUUAAAGUAGAUACCACGGUGCCAAGUGAUAUUUUUAUGCCAAUGACUGUUGAAGAUGAACGCGAUAUUUUGUAUGAUCAGUGGAAGAGAACAGUCGAAAAAAGUUUUGGGUGGGAAUCUUCCGUUGAAAAAAAUUUUGAUGCUUCCACAGAUAUUUAUAAAGUAGCGCCAGGUGGAAUAUUCGUUGUAAGCACAAUAAUUGUUCUAGUAAUAGCUAAGUAUCGGUCGUGCGUAUGACUGGGAAAUUAAUUCAAAAUAAAAAAAUUAAUUCCUAUGCAUUUUAUUGUCAAUAGAACAAAGAGCCAUCAUUGAAUCAAAUAAAAAUUAUUUAUUAAUUAAAUAAAAAGGUAUUUAGAGUAUUUUAUCGUUCUAUUU